AUGUUGUUAUUUGUAUUGUUGGGACUUCUCAUCGGGGUUCGCUGUGAAUCACAGGGGAUCACUGCGUAUGGCCGAUUGACUUGCAAUGGAAAGCCACUGGUCGGCGCAAACGUCAAGUUCAUCGAGAGGGAUCGGUUUUGGUGUGAGUAACUUACAUUAGGGGAAAAAUUUUUACGUUUGGGUUUCAAAGUUUUGAUCGACUCUUGGUAAAAGCCUCUUCGCCACGGCAAGGCGGUCGAUCUUCGAAGAGGAAUUUCCUUUUUUGCCCGGAGGCGGGGAAAGGAACAACCCCAUGGAGCACUGAUACCCGGCGUUCAGUGAGAGACUGAAGAGACUUUAAUCUGAAUAAACGGACGAGAAACGAGAAAAAUAAAGAGAAAUAAAAGAAAAUAAGACAAAAUCGGAAAAAAAUAAAAUCAAAUAAUAAAAAUUCACCGGUAAAAUAUUUUUUAUUUAAUAAACAAUUUUUUUGGAUUUUUUUGUUUUUUAUUCUAAAUUAAAAAAAUGAUAAAAAAGAUUUUUUGUUUUUUUUUAUUUUUAUAAUCAAAAAUUACUAAAAAAUCCCCUCAAUAAUUUUCGAAACCCGCUAAGACUUCGUCCCAAUUAUCUUCGGCCAGUUUGGCCUCCGAAACCUCGGGCGCAGCUCGGGCCUCUUCGGCCGGUUCAAUGCCAGCAAUUUGCAUGGCAUCUUGCAAGAAGUCCUCGCUUGGAGCCUCCAAACACGUCUCCAAGCUCGGACUCUGCUCAAUUUGCCCCGAGGGCAUAUUAUUUCAAUUUACAAAAUUGUUACAAUACCCCUCAGGGAUCACUGGAUUGCAGUAACCCAUCUGCGGAUAAUAGUUCGCUGAUGUGUUACUGUAAUCCCAUGAUCCCUGAGGGUUACUGUAAUAGUUUUGUGAUGGCAAACAAUAGUUGCCCGAGGCAAAUUGAGCCUUUCUCUGGGCGGGGGCACUACAUGCUCCCUGAAUAUCCAAAGUUUCGCUUGGAUAUCCAGGGUGCAUAUAUUGUACAUGCCUGGAGCCACUUGCAAAUUCAGCCGAAGGGGACCCCUCCCAGCUACCGUACCCCUCACUUACCUCUGUUAACUUACGUGGCCUUCCUGGCUUCCUUGGCUUGUCUUCCUUCUGGCUCUUCUUGCUUCUGGCUCGGUGGUUCGCGAAGUACACCUUAAUGGUCUUCUCCGGCAGGCCAGUCGCUUCUACCAGCUGCGGCAUUCGCGAGCCUAUCUCUUGGUCCUCCGCGAACGCCGCAGCCAGUGUCUGCUCCUGGGCUUGCGACCACUUGGUGCGGGCCCAUCUCUUCUCCUUCUUCUUCUCCACUCUUCCGCUCUGGACUCGGCCAAUUCCUCCUAAAUGUAAAUUUGAGGCCAAAUUGGCCUCCACGACAAAAUUACCCUCAGGGAUUAAAACUGGGACCGGUCCUGGCCACCCCGAAGAGGUAGCCUGGACCGCUGAGGGGUCAUAAAUGAUCGGGAUAUAAGAAAAAGAGGGGGUUGGGACGUUAAACAUGAUGAUUUUUGAAAACAAAUCAAGAAAACUUGAAAAAAAAUUCAAAUCACCGCGCAGUAAGCUGCAAGAUCAAAGAAUAAGCCUAUAGGCGCCGAGUUUCGACCCUUGCGCAAAUUUCUGUCGACGUGCCACGCCCCUUUCUAGCUUAUUAUUGCGCAGAAACAUGCGUUGCGCAGAAAUUUUAGGCUUAUUUUCUUGCGUAAUCGCACAUUUUCGAUUUGAAAUUUUUUUCUGCUCUUUCUUUUUGGGAUUUCGAAAAAGGACUUUUGUACAAGUAAGAUCUACUUUUACUUGUUAUAAACAAGUUGUGCAGCAGUUACAGCAAUUUCGAAGGGUUGAUGAGAUUUCUAAUCCAAGUGUAAUAUAAUCAUCAAAAAUUGGUCAGGUUUCUAUACCAAAAAUAAAAAAAAUUUCGCCGCUUUUUGUCAAAAAAUUAUAUUUUAUCAUUUCAGUAGACCCUAACGACCUUGUAGCCAACGUAAAAACGGACCAUGAGGGUAAUUUCCACAUAACUGGAAGGACCGAUGAGCUGACGAGCAUCGAGCCAUACCUACACUUUUAUUACCGAUGUGACUCAAAGGCAAGGUUUUUUACUCUUUUUAUUCAUCUCUCCAAGAAUUUUUUUAUUUUUUUGGAUGAUGGGCAAUCUGCAAAAAUCUUACGGAAUUUUUUUAUUCCUAUUUCUCCCUGACGGUACCAUCCACUGUUUUCUUUUCAGGAAUGUGAGCACUUUUCCAUCCGCGUAGAGGACAAGUACAUUGAGUCCGGCGACAUUAUUCGGCCGUUCAAUUUCGGAAACAGAGAAGUUGUCAACAUCACCGGAGUGUUCAGUCAUCUCUCGUGCUGA